AUCGAGCUGAGGGCGUCACAGAAGAAACGCUUCAUCUUGCACUCCACGAAGCGGGACACUGUGAUGCACGUGAUGAGAGCCGCCAAACGACUUCAUCUGCUGCACCACACAAUACAGUGGCUGGUCGAUUACCCGGAUUUUGAAGACAUCGUCAAAGACGAAGAGUCGUGGCCUGGCAGCAUAUUCGGACUGCAACUAUUGAGAGCGGAUAAGAUUCCAGCUAAUAUUUCACAUGUUGCAGACCAGCGCAACAUGACGAGGCUGGAGGUGGGGUUGGCUGUUGACGUUGUCGGUCUACUACGUCACGUCCUGUACACCAAAGCCAAGAACUGUAGUAGAGAACCUCGCGGGGACAACGUAAUAGCUGCUGGAGAAUUCAGCGAUACGCUUACAGUGGCACCUCCCUAUCAGGGCGCGUUGGGGCAGUACAUGUGGUACAUCAACGACCGCAGCAACUACUCCAUCGACAUUCUCCACUACGAACAAACCCUCAAGAAGGUUGGCCAGUGUACUUUCAUCAACGAGACGUCUUCAGUGGAUCUGUUUGCCAACUUUACCAGGACUAAGGUCGGUGAGAAAAGCUUGCCUCGGGCUAAGGUUGAGAAGCUCAGAGUCGUGGCGCGGCUGCAUGAACCCUUUGUAAUGAAAAACUCCGAAGGCGAAUUUGAAGGUUUCAACGUGGAUCUGCUGUCCCUCAUUGCUCAGAAAGUCAACUUUACGUAUGAGAUAAUAGAAGUAACGGACACGGAAUACGAUGGGGAGAUUAUAAACGGCAUGGUGCAGGAACUUCUGACCGGGAACGCGUCUAUGGCGGUUGGCGCCCUGGAGGUAACGGCGAAGAUGGAGGAAGACAUAUCCUUCUCCUACACUAUACUGUCAACAAAAGCAAGCAUCCUCGUCAAGAAAGGCGAGAGCACCAGAAAUUUCUUUCAGUUUCUUGGACCUUUUUCUAUAGGUUUAUGGUUCAUGAUCCUGGGGUUCAUCAUGGUGGCAGGAACCGCCUUGUACACCAUGAGCCGGUUCGACCACACCCAGGAGAACAGCGAGCAGAGGUUCGACCUCAAGGAGAGUCUGUGGUACUCCAUUAACGUCUUGUUACAGGGCACAACAGAGUAUUCCCCCCAGACGACGUCCAUGAGGACCAUCAUCGCCUUCUUCUGGUUCUGCGUCCUCAUCAUCGACGCCGCCUACACCGCCAACCUGGCCGCCUACCUCACUCUACAACAGAUGGAUAACAGGAUCCGGACAGUGUAUGACCUGGCUGGGCAGACCGAGAUGUUGUACGGCGUUGAGAACAAUAGCAAUCUGAUGACAUUCUUCAAAACAGCCAGUGUGGACCCAUACGAGAGAAUGUGGGCUUUUAUGAAGCUAAAGGAAGAACAAACCAUAUUGUCGAACAAAACCAAGAUCGUCGAGCUGGUUAAGGACGACAAGUACGCCUUCAUCGCUGACAGGGUCGUCAACGACUACUACGCAUUAGGUCACUGUGAACUGGAGUCCAUUGAGCAGAACUUUGGGCAGAAAGACUUCAGUCUAGGCUUUCCAAGAGGAGCUCCUUACAAGGACGAUGUCAACAGAGCGCUGCUGUCUCUGAAGGAGGAAGGAAAACUGGACAUCCUCACGAAGAAAUGGUGGACGUCACGCACCAAUUGUACCGGCGACUCCAAGACCAGGUCAAUCAAGGACAAGACCACCAAGGAGCUGGAGCUGACCAAUAUGUUCGGCGUCUUCAUCGUCCUCGGCUCCUUCGUCGUCUUGUCGGUCAUCGUGGAGAUUAUAGAGAGGAUCACAACGUGUGUAGAAGGCAAGAAGAAGCAGAAGAAGGAGAAGGAAGAAACAAAAGAAAAACCCAAGCCAUUGAGCGAUGGAUUCCAGCCUCCCGCAUUAACUGAAGGAUCAGAGAAGAAAGAGAAGUCACUGUUUGCUGAUUAUUGAAACAAUGGCGCACACGAUGAUGCUGGCGAUGCGGAGACUGGUGGACCAUGAGUAAUUCCGAAGAGCUCUUUCCAGGAAUCUUUGUGACUUUAAUUUAACAUGCUGUAUUCUGGACCGGAGCUUAGUGGUAAACUCACGCAAUGAAGCAGUGAGACUACAGUUGGCUCUCAGACGCCUAUUAAUGUCAGUCUACGUUCCAUGGACCAAUGUCUAAAUUACCAAAAUAUUAGAAACAUAUUAUGCUCAGACAGGUUCAAAGACGAGACGUCAAUUUCGAUGAAACGUUGAGCAAAUGUUCGUACUGAUCGUAUACAACAUGCAAUAUGAUCGAUUUGUUGGCAGGGCAAUCAGUGUGUUAUGGUUUUGUCCGGUUUAAACAUACAUUCAUAAAUAUCAAGAAUGUCCGGAUUUUACCUUAACUCUGCUGGUUAGUUUAUUGGUUUUCUGCCCACCUAGGUAAUCUGAGUGUCUACGCUGCUUAUACUAAACAUGAUAUAUUCCAUAUACUGUCUAAAAAAGUGUCUAUGAUGUUCCAUUUGUUGUGUCAAUGUUCAUCUAUCAUGCCCCCAAAAUAAUUAAUAUACAAUUGUAUACGCCGUUCCACUCUUUAAAGUUAACACUAUUUUUAUGCUCUUGGGCUUCGCCAAAUUGUAAAUAUCUUUGAAUUAUGUCACCUUUGGCUUCCUUCCGACAAUAUGCAUGACACCUACUCGGACCUAAACAUGUAAUUGUUCAAAGCGCCGUUGAACAAAUCUUUUUCACGCACCGUAAUACAGUUUGGGGCUUAUGUUGAAAUGCAAAUGUUUUUAAAGGAUUCUGUAAAAUUGAAGUUUUGCAUAUAUAUUUGUAUGUAGACGUGUGUUUUUUAUUGUAUGUGUGAAGGUAGGGCCUGUCUCUAAUAAAUAGGGUGUUGUUUGUUUUUGUGAAAUGGUGGCUGAAUGUUGUUUACUCUUUGAGUCUGGUGUUGAUGGGGCGUUGUGGUUCAGGUUAGUGUUGGUAUUUGGUUGAAAUCUCACAACUGACGAUUGGUUCAUUACUUACGAGCAAUCAUCGAAAUAAAAUUGUCAGAUUUUCCUGUUCAGGUUGUUAUUGCAGAUAAAUAUAAAGAAAAAAACAACACGUUUUUUAAAAAAAUAGUUUUUAAUAGUUUUACUGAGAAAAUUUCACAUCCAAUGUAACACGAUGCAACUUCCUCCUUUAAAGUGAUGACAAUUAUAUCAUGACUAAUAUAUCCCAGAGUGUUCAAGAAAUAUUCAGUCAUGACUUUGCAGUAAGUGAAGUGAGUUUUCAAAGAAUUAAAACACGUUUUCAGGCCCUGACAACUUCUAAGAUA